ACUACUAAUAAAACUAAUAAAAUGCAGUCAUUCGUCAGUUAUUCAGUGUCAGAACCAACCAAAUUGAAGUCAAAGUUUCUCUUGACCUGUUCCGUUAUCAAUAUUUUGCUUUUCCCGAUAUGUGUAGGCUUAGAGGUAGCGUAUCCGUAUAUGUACCAAGGAAUAUGGGGGUCGAUCGCGUUUUUUUUUGCGGGAAUACUUGGCUUCAGCACUUCCUACACACCGGAAAAAUUGCUACUUUGGGCGACCCUGGUUUUUUCUUUUUUUUCCGUAGUUACAGCAACAAUUUCUUGCAUGAUAUCUUCAUUCGGCAACGCACAUGGAUACAGUGACUGCAUCUACGUUUGGAAUAGCACCCAUAAUCACAGUGAACGUAUUUGUAGUGAUUAUUACUAUCCGAAAACCCAGAUAGUCUUGUUGGUCGCCGAAUUCGUUGCCGUGAUCAACAACCUUGUGAUUAUGAUAUUGUGCAGUAGAAUCAUCUGCAAUUGUUGCAAGCCAAUUGCCCCGCCAAUUCCAAUCGUGGCAGUUCAUCGGAAUGUCCACAAUGCGCAGCAACAGACGCCAAUUUAUUCGACUGAAGAGCAGUAACAAAUUUCAGCGUUCUUACCCAACAACAGCUUACUCGCCAAGUCAACAGCAACCAAUGCAAAAGCAGAAUCAAGGCAAAUCCACAA